AUGUCUCCUGGAGCAUUUAGUUGUGUAUUCCGUUCAACUGUGAAUACAGUUUUCAAACGAUUUGGAAUAUCAUUAUUAAAAACUCUAUUAAUUUAUUUAAUAUCAUUAUUAUUUGUUCAAUUACCAACAUUUGGGUAUUUAAUAAUGACAUUAGGAAAAGAUGAAAAUCGAUCUAGAUUACAAAAACACACUCGUGCAAAACUAAUUGAUCCUUCUGAUCCUUCGGCACCAUAUCGUGCUGUUGAAGUUAUAGAUGAACUUCGAAAUACACCUGAUACACAUAUUAAAACAUUAGCUGAUAUACCGGAACAUUGUCUUCAACGUUAUGCUGAUAAAGAAACAUUAGGUGUUCGAGAAAUUCUUGAUAUUCAAGAUGAAAAACAACCAAAUGGAAAAAUAUUUAAAAAGUUUGUAAUGGGUGAAUAUAAAUUUACAACAUAUCGUGAAGCAUAUAAUCGUAUUGAAGCUAUUGGUCGAGGUUUAUUAUCGAUUGGUGCUGAACCAGGUGAUAAAGUUUUAAUUUUUGCUGAAACACGUUCAGAAUGGUUAUUAAGUGCAUUUGGUGCUUUUCGUCAUGGCUUAACUGUUGUUACACUUUAUGCAACUUUAGGUGAAGAAGCUAUUAAACAUGGAAUUAAUGAAUCAGAAGUAUCAAUUGUUGUUACUUCAUAUGAAUUAUUAUCAAAACUUGAACAAACAUUAGAACAUACAGAAAAAGUUCGUUAUGUUAUUUAUUUUCCUCCUCUUGGCAAAUCAGAAACAAUAAAAUUACCUAAAGAUAAACAUAAUAUUCAAUUUAUUCCAUUAGAUCAAUUAGAAGAAGAAGGAAAAAAUGCAACUAUUAAUGAAAAUAUUUUACGAAAACGACCUAAUAAAAAGGAUAUUGCUGUUAUUAUGUAUACUAGUGGCAGCACUGGAACACCGAAAGGUGUAUUAAUAAAACAUGAAAAUAUAAUUGCUGCAAUGACGGGUCAACAGGAACGUACUUUUACAAUGGUUAAUCCUGAUACUGAUAUAUACAUUGCUUAUUUACCAUUAGCUCAUAUCCUUGAGCUUUGUUGUGAAAUUGUUGUUUUUUAUAUGGGUAUUAAAUCUGGUUAUUCGUCUCCACAAACAUUAACUGAUCAAUCAACAGCUAUAAAACAAGGUCAAAAAGGAGAUUUACAAGUUCUUCGACCACAUAUUAUGUGUUGUGUACCGGCAAUUUUGGAUCGUAUUCAUAAAACUGUAAAUGAAAAAAUUAAUCAAUCAAAUGUUUUUCGACGUCAACUAUUUCAAAUGGGAUAUAGAAUAAAAGUAAAACGUUUAGAAGAAGGUCUUGAUAGUCCAUGUUUAAAUAAAGUAAUCUUUGCUCGUUUGAAUCAGAUGGUGCUAGGUGGUCGAGUAAAAACAAUGAUGUGUGGUGGUGCUGUUUUAAGUGGUGAAACUCAACGUUUUGUUCAAGCAGCAUUAUGUGUUACACUUUUUCAAGGUUAUGGUCUAACAGAAACAUGUGCCGCUGCAACUAUUGCUGAUCAAUUUGAUACAAGUGUUGGUCGAGCUGGAUAUCCACUUGUUUCAUGUGAAAUUCGUUUAAUUGAUUGGGAAGAAGGACAUUAUCAUAAUACGGAUAAACCAAAUCCUAGAGGAGAAAUUCUUAUUGGAGGAAAAGUUGUAGCUGACGGUUAUUAUGCUGGUGCAUCAAAAGAGAAUGCCAAUUUUAAAGAAAUUGAUGGUACAAAAUAUUUUUGUACUGGUGAUAUUGGAGAAAUAUAUCCUGAUGGAACACUUAAAAUUAUUGAUCGAAAAAAAGAUUUAGUAAAAUUACGUGGUGGUGAAUAUGUUUCAUUAACAAAAGUUGAAAUGGCAGUAAGUAAAUUUCUAAUCGUUGAAAAUUGCUGUUUAUGUGCAUCAUCAUCAGCUGAAUAUACUGUUCUUUUAAUUUCUCCAAAUCCGAAACAAAUGACUAUUUAUUCAGAAAAAAAAUUCAAUGAAAAAGAAUGGCAAAAAUUAAUUGAUAAUGAAGAAUUUAAUGAACAAAUUCUUAAAGAUGUUCAAGAGGCAUGUAAAAAAGGUGGUAUUGAAAAAUUUGAAACUCCUCAACGUGUUAAAAUAGUAACUGAAAUUUGGACACCUGAAACUGGUUUAGUGACUGAUGCACUUAAAUUAAAACGAAAAGCAAUUGAACAAAAAUAUCAUGAUGUUAUUGAAGAUCUUUAUAUUGAUAAACCAAAAAAAGAAUCAUCGAAACGUAUUAAAAAGUCUCGUAUUGCACCUGAACAGUAA